AUGGCGCCCUCCAAGCUGGUCCUCUUCCUCGCCGUCAACCUGGCUCUCCUCGCCACCACCGCGCACGCCUGCGGUCCAUACUGCCCCAGCCCCACCCCACCGCCAACCUGCUCGAUUGACACUCUGAGGCUGCAAGUGUGCGCCAACGUGCUGAACCUGCUCAAGCUCAACCUCCCCGUGCCGGCGAAUGAGGAGUGUUGCCCGCUGCUGUCCGGGCUCGCCAACCUCGAUGCCUCCAUCUGUCUCUGCACCGCCCUCAAGGCCGAGAUCCUUGGCAUCAAACUCAAUGUCCCUCUCGCCUUCACCCUCCUCCUCAACCAGUGCCACAAGACCUGCCCCGACAACUUCACCUGCUCCAGCUGA